AUGGCAUCUGAAAGAGCUCUAUAUACUCUUUCCCGAUCCCUCAAGCGCCUCCCGUCCAGAACAGCUGCAUUCUCCGUCCAAGUCGACAGCACACAGCAGACCCGCUGUGCCUCAAGACUAUCGUCCGGUGUCCUACAGAAGGACCAAUACGCACAGAGUCUAUCAAUAUCCUGCCACCGCCAACCCAAGCGACAUUUUACUACAACCCUCGCCGCCCGCAAAGACGACUCCUCUUCGUCGACCUCCACCACUCCACCCACCAUCUACACCUUCUCCGAGAUCCAAUCCCUCGCCGACACUCCCUCUCCGAACCGGAUCCUGAUCGACGUCCGCGAGCCCUCUGAGCUGAAAUCCACCGGCAAAAUCCCAGGCAGCUAUAAUCUGCCCAUCACAUCUGCGCCUGACGGUUUCUUUCUGCCAGCCGAGGAGUUUGAAGAGAGGUUUGGAUGGCAGAAACCCGGGGAGAAGGACGAAGUCAUAUUCUACUGCAAAGCCGGCGUGAGGAGUCGAGCCGCCGCGAAAUUGGCUGAACAGGCUGGCUUUGGGGGCAAGAUCGGUGAGUUCCCAGGAAGCUGGAUUGAGUGGGAGGGGAGUGGAGGGAGGAUUGAGAGGGAAAAAUGA